AUGUCGGCUUCAAAGAUGUUAACCUUGAAGAGUUCUGAUGGUGGAACUUUUGAUGUUGAAGAGUCUGUUGCUCUUCAAUCUCAAACCAUUAAGCAUAUGAUUGAUGAUGAUUGUACUGAUAACGGAAUACCUUUACCCAAUGUAACAGGCAAGAUCUUAGAUUUAGAAUUCACUUUGUAUAAAGUUAUUGAAUACUGCAGGAAACAUGCUGAAAGUGACGAUCAGGCCGAUGACAAAGCUAAGGAUGAACUUAAGGCCUUUGAUGCUGAGUUUGUUAAUGUCGAGCAACCUGUGCUGUUCGAGUAUAUCUUGGCUGCAAAUUAUUUGGAUGUUAAGGGCUUGUUGGAUUUGACUUGCCAGACAGUAGCUGAUAUGAUCAAGGGAAAAACACCAGAGAAGAUUCGCACGAUGUUCAACAUUGAGAAUGAUUUCACCCCUGAGGAAGAGGCGGCGAUCAGGCAGGAGAACCAGUGGGCUUUCGAAUGA